CGUGUGCGGGGCCGGCCGGCGCCCUGAGUCCGUCCCUGCGGCGCCGGUGCCCUCCGGGUGGCCGGGACCGCCCCCCGCCCCCCGAGGCGGGUGCAGCUUGCCCGCGGCGUCCUUCUCCGCCCCACGGGGAGCCCCGCGGCACCACAGCGCCAGGGAAAACCCUUGUCACGUCGGACCGGACCACUGUUGCGACCGAGCUGGAGCAGGGGACCGGGCGGCUCGGGGCACCGGGGCCCGCGGCGCGGGGUCAGAGAGGCGCUGCCCCCCCGCAGCGCUCCGUCGGCGUUGCUGCCGGGAGCCCCGCGCCCCGCACCUCCCGGCCCUCCAGGGCCCCUGCGCCGCUCCCACGGGGCCUGGCCUGGCCCUGCAGCGGCGCUGGUGCCGCCCAUGUGGCCUGGCUGCCACCCCAGGUCCCACACGGCACCCUGGCAUCCUUGGCCCUCUCCCCGCUCCCCCGGGGCUGAUGGGCAGCUGGCCUUGCCCUGGCCCCCCUCACCCUGCCAUGGUUUUCGUUUCCCCAGGUCCCAGGUGUGCACACCUUCAGCAGGCCCCAGGGAAGAUGGCGACCCUGGGGGACGGUCAGGAGCCCCCCCGUGUCCCGUCCCCUGUCAAUCUUGCAUCACCAGGGACACCUGGACCCCACCACGGCGAGGCUCGGCUUCACCUGCACAGUCGUCAACACGGUACUCACCCUGCGCUGCGCUCCCUCCGCCGCCGCCCACCACUGGCACUGCAGGCUGGAUUCGAGGCAGCUCGCUGGCCCCUGGGGUUCCUGCACCCCUGCACUGGGGUGGGGCCGCGGGCAGCAGUGAUUGAGGCUGCAGACCGAGCCUUGGUCUCAGGAUGUCAAAAGCAUGGAAGUAGCCAGUGCCUGGUUGAUGCCCGUGGGUCUUGCUCACAUCAGCCAUCAGGAAGUCCCAGGGCUCUAACCGUGCCGCACGUGCCACAGGAGCCCAGGCCUCACUCCUCACAGCUGACGACACAGAUGAGCCAGUGACAGCAGGUCAAGGGUCUGGGCGUUCUAAAGAGCUAGCCCAGGGGGUGGGGCUCGCUCUGCGUGCGGGGUUCUCACCCUUGGUGAGUGCCGGCGUGAUACAGUGAUGUGAUAACAGCUGAGAUGUGCCAGCUCUGUGCCAAGGAUUCUGUGCCGAGGGCUCUGCGCAGGUUAUCCUGAAGCCCAGUGACCACCCUGUCAGGGCAUUAACAGAUGAGGGCGGUGAGGCUCACAGGUAGCACAUGGCUCAGUCCAGGAUCGGAACAGGAGCAGCUCCCGGCCUCCUGCCCGGCCCCGUGGUGGGCCACACUGGGGAUGUGGGGUGGGCAUGGAGCUGGGCACUGCCCAGAGCACAUGCUUUGCAGGCCUUCGCUGGCACAGAGGCCUCUCCCUGCAGGGUGGUUUCAGGGCUUUGCCCAGGGCUCCCCCCAAGGCUGUGCCCUCCGUCCCCACGCAGUCAGGAUUCCGGGGCCUACUCUUCACCUCCGGGUUCUCAUGCCGCCCCUCACAGCAGCCUGGCAAGGCAGGAUCUCCUGUUCCCAUGUUCCUGACAGGGACAUGGAAGCCCAGACAGGAGCCUGUGGACACCAGUGGGAUUCAGAACACAUCAGUCUGGCUCCUGAACCCCCCCCCCCCCCCCCCCCCCCGUGCACCCAGCAAACAUAGGAGCGGGGAGGGGCUGGUCUGGAAGACCCGCUGACCCGGCCAGUUCUGCUGGAGAAGAAGACUGGUGCCCGGGAUGCAGGUCCUCACCCAGUGCAGACUGGGGCUGCCUCUCAUCCAGCAAGAGCCUGGACGGCCAGGCUUUGUCCUUGGGUCACAGCCAAGUGCCCUCAAGUGCCCAGGGGCCCUGCCCAGUGAGAGGGAGUGGGGGCUGCAGCCAGCAGCUUCAGCACCCCUUGUGCUGAUCAGAAAAGGGGGGAGGGGGGUGCAUCUGCAAGGAAAACCAGGAUGGACCCUGAGGAAUAGACCGUGGGGCCUCCAGCAGGCUCUGCAGGAGGGCCAGAGGGAGGAGUGGCGGGUGCCUUCAUCCGGUCCUCGUGGAGACCAGCCCAGCGUGGAGAGCUGGGCCCCAGGACCAAGCCCUUCUCCAGGACAGAGGCUACCCCUCGCUGCCUCUGGACCUCGUUUCCUCCACUGGUGGGUUCCUUGGUGCUCGGGUCCACAGACCCCCUCAGAGGAAAGACCCCAGCAUCUCAGGAACCUGCCCCAGGCCCUCCAGCUGGUGAGGCCAGGCCCCCUGGAGCCCCAGCCUCCGGCUCCCAGACCAGAGUGGGUGAGGUGGGGUUCUGCCCUGUGAAGCCUGGGGUCCCUCCCUGGGCAGGGUCCCAUCAUCUCCACAUCCACCUCAAACGACAGCCAGUUUCUAAAUCUCUAGCUGGGCACAAUGCUGGAGGGCGUCGGGGGCAGAGGGCAUCCUGGAGCGGGGAGCCCUAUGUUGGCUCUAGCAGUUGAGGGGAGCAGCCCAGGGCACUUGGCCUGGGCCCUGGGGGUGGGGCAGGCAUGGAGCGGGUGAGGUGACCCAGCAAAGAGCUCAAGGCUACCCCUCCCCGGGCCUCCAGAGCAGGGAGGGAGUUAGGCAGGUGGGCUGUGUAACAGGACAGACACUUUGGGAGCCAGGGCUGUGCUGGGCUGGCUGAGGGGCCUGGCGCACUGCUGUGUCCACCGGAGCCUGUGCUUCCAGAGCAAGUUCUGGAAGGUAUGGUCUGGAACCCUGCAGCAGGAAGGGCAGUCUGGGCAGGAGCAACGACAGAGAAGGACAUGUAGCCCCUGGGGUGGGGAGGAGCUGCAUGCCUGGCCUUGGCACCUGAGAGCUGAACUUUGACCAUCCCCUGUGUCCAUGUCCAAGCACACACUUUUUCUGCCAUUUCACCUACAAGGAGCACCCCUUCCAGCCAGAAAAGUAACCCCCCACCCCUCAUGGCCCCAGAUCAACACCCCCUGGAGGGCCCGCCCCAGCAGCGUGGUGUCCAGGAGCGGCCCAGGCAGGGGGCCUUCCCUGAGGCACGGCAAGCCUAUCCCGUGCUGCGUCCCAGCCUCCCUGGAGGUGCCCAAGGUUGGGGGACACAGUGGGCGGGUACUUCAGGAUGAUGCCCCAAGAGCAGCCAUGGGACACAGCCCAGCCAGUCCCCAGGGCUUUCAGAGAUGGUGGCAACCGAUGGGGGGGCCAGGGAGGGGAAAGUGUGGAGGUCGCAGCCAGAAAGCCCACGUUCCCGGGACUGCACGACCCUGGGGAGGUGCUGGGAGCGUUUGGAAGUCUCAGGUGGCUCUUGCUGGGACACACCCCCACCCUCAGUCCAGAGCAGCCAAGCGGUGCCCUGGGGCCUCUCAGGGAAGGCUGUCCCAUGGCUGCACCCCCAUCUCCCAAGUGCCUCGACCCUUGGGCCCUUGGGACACACGGGACCAGCAGGAGGGCGAGGAGGUGCGUGGCGUGAGGAGCAGGUGGCGUUCUACAGGCAGCUGAACGAGGCCCGGGCUAGAAUGGGAGGAGGGGGAGAUGAGCCCCCGUCCCCUGUGCCCCCAGACUCCCCUGGCUGCAGCCCUGAGGUGCCCUCCCAGCCACUGCAGGAGGAGGAGCUGUCCGACCUGGAUCUCCAAGAUGUGGAGGAGGUCCAGAUUGGCAGAGAUACCUGCUGGCCAGACUCGGAGGCAGAACCCGCGCAGGCCGCGUCGUCUCCCCGCCCCGAGGACGAGGUGGACCAGGCCGGAGGGGCCCUGAGGACCCUUCUGAGGAGCCUGCCCUGUGGACCCAAGUGUGGGGACCGCUUUGGGCAGGAGGCCAGCCUGGAGCGGCCCGCAGGCCACCAGCCUCCGGGCCCCUGGCGCACGACGCUGCGCGCCUCCGGGGUGGCGGGGGAGCCCGCGCGGGCCCCGGAGCCGGGGGGCGGCCGGGACUCGGGGCCCGGGGCACGGCAGGGGGGCCCGUGGGGCGGGAAGCCGCACCGCUGCGAGGCCUGCGGCAAGAGCUUCAAGUACAAGUCGCUGCUGCUCAAGCACCAGCGCAUCCACACAGGCGAGAAGCCGUACGCGUGCCACGAGUGCGGGAAGCGCUUCCGCGGCUGGUCGGGCUUCAUCCAGCACCACCGCAUCCACACGGGCGAGAAGCCGUACGAGUGCGGCCAGUGCGGCCGCGCCUUCAGCCACAGCUCGCACUUCACGCAGCACCUGCGCAUCCACAACGGCGAGAAGCCCUACAAGUGCGGCGAGUGCGGCCAGGCCUUCAGCCAGAGCUCCAACCUGGUGCGGCACCAGCGGCUGCACACGGGCGAGAAGCCGUACGCCUGCAGCCAGUGCGGCAAGGCCUUCAUCUGGAGCUCCGUGCUCAUCGAGCACCAACGCAUCCACACCGGGGAGAAGCCCUACGAGUGUGGCGACUGCGGCAAGGCCUUCCGCGGCCGCUCGCACUUCUUUCGGCACCUGCGGACGCACACGGGCGAGAAGCCCUUCGCCUGCGGCGCCUGCGGCAAGGCCUUCGGCCAGAGCUCGCAGCUCAUCCAGCACCAGAGGGUCCACUACCGGGAGUAGCAGGCGGCGGGCCCCCGCCUCCCCCAGCCCCUCCGCGCCGCCAGCCCCGCGCCCCCCGCUCAAAUAAAUGCUUUUUCAUGGAUGGAAAUAGGGGUC